AUGAAGAGAACCCGAGAAAAUGAGCCUGAUGGCGACAGUAUUUACCGGGGUGAAUCCCCGUUCCUCACACAGUUUGAGGUUGUAAACGGGCUUACCAAAAAGCGUGCAGGAAUGCAGGAUGAAGUGCGUGAUGCUGCGUUCCGCCGUCUCUGCAGCACUUCUGAGAAGCGUGAUGUCAGUAAGGAGAUCUGUGAUCUAAAUCUCUCCAUCCUUUUUGAGGACUUGGAAGAGAACGCGGUUGUGUCUGCUUGCUGCACGAAUGGGCCACAUAAAUUGCUCGACAGCAUCAUCACGUCGAUGGACUCGACAUCAUACGUGACCUUUAUCAGCACAGUCCAGCUUGUUGCCCAUGAUGGGCAUUCCCUAGUGAUGGCCUCCUCGCUGCAAGCCACCGAACCGGUGGCCGAUAUGAUAGCGAACGACCGCGAUCAAAUAUUCCAUCAGCAGGCUCGGAGUACCUUGCAAAGGUUGAAGUUUGACAAGCGGCUUGGUGAAGUAUUCCCCGGCGACACCCUUCUGCUUCAGGUUGUGGAAAAUAAACCGCCCGAUACAGCCGGACUUGGAGCCGUUGCCGGUAACAGAAAUGCAAGCGAUUCGGAAAACGGCUCUUCUAGCAACAACACUCUUGCUAUUGACACGGACAGGGAUAACAGUUGCAACUAUGGGGAUCAUUUGGUUGUCAAUGCGGAAUUCUUAACCUUCGAUACGAAUGUCUUUUCAAACGUUGAUGAAUGGCGGGAUGCCGUUAGAUCGAAUGUAGCAGCGGUGUGCACAUGGAUGGCGGGGCUAUCGGCGCAACCUCCUGGGUUACCUCAACUGUCAUAUAUUCAAGCCUGCGUUCUGGGGAACAGGAAUUCAGAAGGACCCGUGAAAAAUGCUUCUGAAGUUAGAAUAGAUGGUUGGGCGCGGUCGCUGCAGCUACCUCUCCUUUUAAAAGUUUCCGAUGAACUCAUGGGGUCCUUCGAUCGCAAAACACUAGAUCUACUUCGGCGUGCUAUUCUUUCCGUACUGAGGCUUUUUGUGUCCGUUUUUGUGCAUGCUAGCGCGAUUAUACCGCUACCGAGCCUCUAUCAAACCCUUUUUAUCAGCUUUGUAGCAUCCCCUCUCUUUUUAGAUGGCUUUUCGACGGUUCUGUCUGAUACUGCAGGGAGUAUUGGUUCCUUGACGUGGGGCGCUCUGACAGCCGCGCUGAGGGAUUCCAUUUCGCUUUGCAUGAAUCAUCUUUGCAACUACACCCCUGCCGUCUUAAAUAAGGACGAUGUAGGCAAUUUCCUGUUGGCCAAUGCUUCCUUUAACCCCUCUUUAGCGCCUCGGGCGAUCUCUGCGAGACUGCUUGCCGCUCUCGGCAGCUUCGAAACCCUCAUGCACCGUCUCUCAGCAACGUGGCUUCUUACAAACUCUCCUCAAUCUCAUCGCAAUGUGAAUAGGCAUGCCCACCGCUUUCGUAAGAGUCAACGAGUGAGUGAGGCACUGGAGGAGUUGGCAAUACAAGGGGUCAUUCAGGGUGUCGCGCAAUGGCUGCAGUACAAAGAACUGAACGACGUCAAGGCAUCUUCGCUGACUUCGGGAGACAGCAGUCACCCUCAGUCGGAUGGUGCGCACGGGUUACGGUCACUCCUUCAGCCUCCUACUUUGGCGCACAUUGAAGAGACUCAAUUAGGAUCUCGCAAAACCGCGGAGGAGGAGCUGGAGGCUAUGCGCAAUACCUACACACCGUACCUCACCAGAGAUGCGAUGCGCUUUGUGGAAACAGCAUCUCGAGCCGCGUAUGCGGAGCUAUAUGACCCAGCCUUGCGCGCUACGCACACAUUUCUGGCUUCCUCAUCACAAUUUUCACCUGAAUCUGGUAGAAAUAUCGUUUCGGUACGAGUGGUGUCCGUGCGUUUCCCCGCACUGCAUCCGCAGCUAUCCGAAUAUAGUUGGCAUGAUGUGCGACAUCAUGCGGAGUUUGGGAUGCCUGUCUUUCUCAAAAUACUUCCGAACGAAACCUUCCCUUCCGUUAAGCAAAAAAAUGGCGAAACAGAAACGCGAGGUGCCAACGCAUCGGUGCAAGGCUUGCAGCAUGCCAUACGGCAAACUGCCGCUGCUGAUCGCACUUUUCAUUCAUCUGAAGGGUGCUUAUCGGAGGAUGGGUCUUGCUUUGCGAAUAUCGUUAUCCGCUUGCAGGGCCGCCCGGUGCUUUUUCCUGUGGUGAUCACAAAUCUCUUCACGGGUGAUGGCGAUGGUGAUGAUGAUGGAGAGGUUGUGGCAGGUUCGCAAGUAAAGGCUUACGUGAUGCGGGAUGUGGAUAUGCUUGCGGAAUUUGUGGAGACAAGUGCAGCUAUGGAGGCCUCUGGACUACCGGACGCGUGGCUUGUAACUGCCUCCGACUUAAAUCCCGGUGACGCAGUGGAUAUGGAGGUUUCCGUGCAAAAUAGACGACUCACUCGCCCAUUAAAGCGACGAUUGCUCCCUGUGGGUACCCCUGCGCUAACGUACAUAGACAUCAUCAAGCUUCUCGUUAUGCUCCGUGACGAACUCUCAUGUGGAAUGAGCUAUGAUGCUCUUGCUGUUGGAAAGGACAAGGCUAUGAGGUGGACAGCGCCACACCCGCAUCAACAGCUUCACAAUGGAGUCGCAAAGGUGGUAUCCAGCCUCUGGUUGUGGUACUUUGCGACUGGGGAACUUCCCACGCAGCAGAAUGCUUAUUCUCUUUCAUCUGCUAACAGGGCUAUUACUGGUGAUGGUGGGCAGGCAGCGGCCCAAGACAUUCUCCAAACUUUGGUUGAAUCCGGACCCUUUACCCUUGCUCAGGUUGAGGCCUUGCAUGCUUUGUGUGGUAGCAGUUCUGUGUCCACAACUGGUGGCAGCCCCUUGGCCGGCAUACGCGUCGCCGGGGGCUGCGCUGGUGCAGGCAAAACUACCGUCCUUUAUACAUGUAGCGCGGUCAGGGGUGAGCAAAUGGCAGUCGCGCGGAAAGAACAUCAGAUUAGCCUUCAGCCCGUAAUCAAGAGGGCUACCGCGGAGGUAAAGCGCGCCGCUGCGGAGCUUCAUGCGGCAGUCAGUGCGGUCGCUCCGUUCACGGAUGCAGAUGUCCAGGAGAUCUUAUUUUCUCCAGGCGACACAGAAAAAAAUGAAGAAGAGGCGAUUCUUGCUGACGCUUUGGAGGGAUUCGUGGCCGCUGUGGAAGCGCAAGGGGUUGAGUUUGUCCACUUGAGUCGGGUGCUACGCUACUGCAGUCCAUCUCUACUACUACGAAAUGAUGCUAUCCAGGAAGAGCUUCCCCCAUCGGUCAUAAAGUUACUUCAUCUUCCUUCCGUGACUAGCGAUCGCGGCUUGGGAGGUGAGGACCGAGUCCCGAGUUCCGACGAGCCGAACACGCGGGAGGCGCCGCUGCAUGGCUACCACCGAAUUCCCCUGCGCGGCGUCGUGGCGGAAUCCCACCGUCGCGCCCGUCACGCCCCGCUUGCGGCGACCCUCGAACGCCAUCUCGCGCGACUCCGUCAACUCGGCGACGUCCUGACGGCCCUGCAGCGCGCGAUGGACGGGAAGCGGGACGGGACGGACCCGUUGCCGCCCCUCCACGCCGCCCUCCUCCCGCUCCUCCUGUCGGGCCGUGAGGUGCGCGAGGUGACCGCGGCCGCGUCCGGUUUUGUGCCAUCUGUGCCAUCUCAAGACCGGCGUCCAGGGUGGGCGUCGUACGUUCAGGACGGGCUCUGGGCCACGACGUCGGGCGCCGUGACCACCACCCCGGCCCCCUCGUGGGACCCUCCAAGGGCGGCCCACGGGAAGCCAUGGGAACCCCACCGGUGGGUGGGGGGACCCGAUUGGGAAGCGCUCCGCCCUCGUCGGGAGGCCGUCUUCGCGCCGGUGGAGAUGCCUUCGACGAUGCACCUCCCGCUUCUUUCCCCGGACCAGGCCGCGGGGUGGUGGCGGGUGUACGCGGAGAAGCAGGUUGAGCUCAUCCAGCAUCUGCGCGAACACAUCCAUCGGAGCGUGCGGCAGGUGUUUCAGAUCUUUUUGGAUCUGAUCAACGGCGUCGCGGCGGUCUCGCAGGUGACGAAACAGCAGGUGGUUGUGUGCAAUGAGCAAAGUCUUUUGAAGCACUUGAAUUUACCUUUUCUGUGGGUUUGGAGCCCCUCCCAGGUCUUUAUCGACGAUUUGGAUAAACUAAACGAUGGCAUGUUGUUAGCUCUUCCUUCAGCCAACUCUGUCACGCUCUCUCUUAAUGAGAAGCUGCCAGUUUACACCGAACGCUUUCGUUGCCACGCCGCUAUGGUACUGCUCCGGUCGCUUCGUAAAGAGCUUCAGGAAAGAUCCGCGCUAUCUAUCGCGUUGCUGAGCGAGCCGAUGCGGUGUGAUAAAGAUGUCCUCCAGACAGCGUUGGCAAAAUUGUGUACCCACGACGCGCGCUUUUCCUCUGUAGGCACGGAAAAGGAGAACAACGAGGAGGGAGAUGUGGACAACACGGCUAGGGAUGAGGCCGGCUAUGAAGCAUCUGAGAAUGAUUUUUUAACGAAGCAGGCGAAGCCGUGUCUUCCGGGAUUUGUUUCUUGCUCACCACUGGAGGUGUGGACGCACUCGGUACCACUUUCGAUGAACACCGAAGCGGACACAGCCGCUGCAGCUUUUCUACUUCGCUAUCACGCGCAGUACGAUAGAACUAAAAGCUUCCAUAUUUUUUACCCAUUAAAAGGAGCCUUCAGUGAGUCUCGUAGACACUUGACGGCGCUAAAUCCAGAGGAUUCUGGUGUCAUGGAUGAUGCUGCAGGAGCUUCGUAUAUGCGUGUCUGUGUUCCAUGGUUCGACGACACUCCGGAAGAGGCAGAGUUAGGGCGAGAACCGGACGAUGAUGAGUUGACUAUAGAGUGUGAGGUUGGCGUAAUCUGCUUGUCGUCCUUAGUGUGGUGUGCUGCGGGGAAUACUCCCAGAAUGGCGGCAACAACCGCACUCGGAGGUAGCCAGCAUUCGCUGGAUGCUUCCGGCUCUGACGCCUGGCAUGCGCUUUUACAAGAGGCUGAAGGCGUCUUCCAUCAACGUCUAUGCGAUUGGCUGUGGCGGGUCCUCUCCCGCGUUCGCUGUGCGGCUGUUAUCAUCGGCUGCAGGGAACUCUUUAUGCGGGUACCGGUUCUGCAGGAGAUGGAGCGGUUUGUUGUGCAACAACGCCGUGCCUUGGCUCCGCAUAAUCCCCACUUAAAGUAUUGGCUUCCAUCAAAAGUGGCCGGCAGUGUGCUGGCGUUGUGCUGCCCGGAGCAUUAUAAAUGCCGGCGGAUAGCCUCCAUAUGCCUAAAGGAAAACCACAUUGUGGAAAACAGCCUUCACAUAGCUGAAAAGGGUUGUUAUGUGAAAAUUUUGGGUGAGGAGCGCUGCCAGUCGGUAUGCCUUCACAGCUUUGAUCACUGUGAGAAUCGCUCGCAUGUUUGUCUUCUUGCAUGCCAUUUGACCGGAUACACCGCCCCUCGUUCCCGGUUCUCCAUCAAUGAAGAAGGUAGUGUUCACAGCGGUGCGGGGAAUGCAGACAAGGCGGAGAAUCAGGAUAUGAAUACUGUUACGAUUCCCACUUCCCCUCACACGGCCUGUUUGUAUCCGUGCUGUAAACUACUCCAGUGCGGUCAUGUGUGCAAUCGGGUCUGCGGGGAGCCUUGCGAGCCGUGUAGUUUUGUCGGUCUCAGAGAGCUUUCCUGUGGGCAGCGCGUCGUCAGUGGGAUUAACAGCACCGACAUGACGAUUCAAUACACCUUCUUCGCGCACUUUCAGGAGGCGCGAUGCGGGGCGCCCCCACGGCGUUGUGAGGUUCCCGUCACGAUCUGCUGCCCACGUUGUUGUCAUAAGUCCACGUUACCCUGUUUUCAGCUAACUGAGCAUGAGCAGAGGCUAUCCGGCACGGUGAAGAAGCAGGAUGGAUCUGAGAUCGAAUCGCAAAGCGUCAUAGAAGGUGAGGAUACGUUUGUGCUGUCGAGAUUGCAGUGCCCUGGUUGUGUGGCCUUGUACAACAAGGUCGCUACGAAGCAUGGCCUUGAGGAGCUUCCCGCACCGUUGCUUCAGAAAUGCCUCCCGGGGGCAUCACUGCCAGAUCAGGAGGAGGAGGCCGAGCAGAACCUUCACGGCGCAGGUGAUCCUGAGGCGCAGGAUUCAUUGAAUUCCCUACCAAACAAUUCUCAAUUUCCCCUGCAUUUACUCUCGACUGACGCCCGGCGCGACCUUGAGCACGCGUUUGUGUUGGCUAAGAAGAAAUAUGAACUUCUUUUAAAGAAAGAAGGUUUGGAGAUUAGCAGCGGGAGACUCACUGCGCCUGGCGCGAAGCCCUCCGACUUUGUCGUGUGCAGGGAACAAUACAAUGCGCAAAAGGUUGCACAGGUGCAGCAGGAGGAACGUUGGAAGGAUUUGGUUAACGAACAGAUCCAACACUGGGCUCAGCGUUUGCGGCAACAAGUGGAAAAACAGGUGAGCAUGAAUGCCAGGAUGGAAAACACAUGGCCUCUGCUGGUGAGUGAGGCCGAAGCGGAGAUAGAAAGACAACAACAAAGUGUGUGA